GAAAACGGCGUCGUAGUGGUAUGAGUUUCCAUCUUCGUCUUCUUCAUUUUACAAUCAGAAACUGUAACUGAGAGAGCUCUGAACUCAUCUCUCUCAGACUCCGAAUGAGAAGCAUGAGCAACAAAGGUCGGCCAUUGGGUGCCCACAACCACUUCCAAUGCACACGCACGCACCAGAUCGGAGCUCUCCUCCUAGUCCUCUCCACCUUCUUCUUCACCAGCCUCUUCCGCCGUCCACGCUCUCACGAUUCAACUACCUUCUCCCCCGAUCUCAUCCGUACACCUGGCGAAACUCCGCUUUUCACCGACGGUGGAGAUCUCUCGUGGCCUCACCGUGGCUACGGGCCUAACCUCGACCUCAAAAUCUACGUCUACGAUGAAGAUGAGGUCGAUGGCUUGAAGGACCUAAUGUAUGGCCGCGAUGGAAGAAUCACUUCUAAGGAUUGCUUGAAAGGCCAGUGGGGAACUCAGGUUAAAAUACAUAAGCUACUUCUGCAAUCUAGAUUUCGGACAAGGAAGAAGGAGGAAGCUGAUCUGUUCUUUGUGCCAGCUUAUGUAAAAUGUGUUCGAAUGAUGGGUGGUCUUAAGGAUAAAGAGAUUACUGAGACUUAUGUGAAGGUCUUAAGUCAACUGCCUUAUUUUCGGCUAUCUGGUGGCCGCGAUCACAUAUUUGUCUUUCCAAGUGGUGCUGGAGCACACUUAUUUAAGUCAUGGGAGACAUACAUAAAUCGAUCCAUAAUUCUCACCCCCGAGGGGGAUCGAACUGAUAAGAAAGAUACUAGCGCCUUUAAUACUUGGAAAGAUAUAAUCAUUCCUGGCAAUGUUGAUGAUUCAAUGACUACAAAUAAGGCAAGGGUUGUCAAGCCAUUGCCUCUAUCAAAGCGGAAAUACCUUGCAAAUUAUCUAGGUCGUGCACAAGGAAAAGCUGGCCGUUUGAAGUUGAUAGAGCUCUCAAAACAAUUUCCAGACAAGUUGGAAUCUCCAGAGUUGAAGUUUAGUGGCCCAGAAAAAUUAGGAAGAGCAGAAUAUUUCGAGCACCUCCGCAAUGCAAAAUUCUGUCUUGCUCCACGUGGGGAAUCAUCCUGGACUCUUCGCUUCUACGAGUCAUUCUUUGUGGAAUGUGUCCCAGUGAUAUUAUCAGAUCAAAUAGAAUUGCCAUUUCAAAACGUAAUUGAUUACAGCCAAAUAUCAAUCAAAUGGCCAUCGAACCGAAUAGGGCCGGAGCUCUUGGAGUACCUAGAGUCAAUUCCAGAUGAAGAUAUCGAGAAUAUGUUAAGCCGCAGUAGAAAAGUGAGGUGCUUAUGGGUUUAUGCUCCCGACUCGUCUCCAUGUUCAGCCAUGGAAGCGAUUUUGUGGGAACUUCAAAGAAAAGUAAGGCAGUUUCACCACUCAACUGAAACCUUCUGGCUUCACAAUGGAACUUUUACAAAUAGGGAUUUGGUCAAAUUUUCGGAUUGGAAAUCUCCAUUGCCUUUGCCUUAAAAUUUUCAUUUCAGGUGGUGCUCUUCUUCUAUUAAUUCACCCUCUGCAUAUUUUUGUAGAUCAUUAUGUUAUUAAUUUUUCUUUUUUUCACUUAUUUAGUUGCAUCAAGAUCCUCUUCCUUCCUC